AAAGAGGACGUUGGAGUGUGAAGGAGGAAUGUGCUGUCAGGAGCCUGGGCUGGAUGCGGUUUGCCGUCGCAGGCAGUAGGCGACUGAGAUGGGCGUUCGUCUGGGCCGCCUGAGCGACACUCUGUGGCCGCCGCUGUUGCUGCUGCUGUUGCUCUGUGCCUUGCCCUGCUGUCAGGGCCGACCGUUCACCAUGGUCGAGCCCACCGUCAACGUGGCUGUGGUGUUCAGUGGCUCCGCCUACCAGCUGGAGAUAAAGGGCCGUCUGAGCCGGGAGAACUUUCUGGACCUGCCGAUGGAGGUCAACCCCAUCACCGUUCUGGUGAACAACACCAACCCCCGGGCACUGCUGACGCGCAUCUGUGACACCCUGGCAGCCAACAGGGUGCACGGCGUGGUGUUCGAGGACAACAUCGGCUCAGAGGCUGUAGCGCAGAUCCUGGACUUCAUCUCCACUCAAACGGCUGUGCCCAUUGUGGGCAUCAGCGGGGGAUCUGCAGUCGUCCUGCCACACAAGGGUGACGGCUCCACCUUUCUGCAACUGGGCUCUUCCAUUGAGCAGCAGAUCAAUGGCAUCUUCAAGGUGAUGGAGGAGUACAACUGGGACAGCUUUGUGGUGGUAACCAGCCAGUAUCCUGGCUACGAGGCCUUCGUGGACUACAUUCGCUCUUUCACAGACACUUCCUACUUCCUUUGGGAGCUGCAGGACGUCUUGACCUUUGACAUGUCGGCUGACGGCAUGAACGACCUCCGCGCUCGUCGGCUGCUGCAGCAGAUUGACGCUCAAGUGCUGCUGGUGUACUGCUCCCAUGACGAGGCCCAGUACCUCUUCAGCAUGGCUAAGGAGGUGGGCCUGCUAGGACCGGGUUAUAUCUGGAUCAUCCCCAGCCUGGCAGUGGGGAACCCCAACAUCCCCCCACCGGACAGCUUCCCUGUUGGACUUAUUAGCAUCAUUACUGACCGCUGGAAGAUGAGCCUGAGGAACAGGGUGAGAGAUGGAGUGGCGAUUGUGGUGAAAGGGGUGGAGAGCUUCCGCAAGCACAGAGGCUUUAUUCCUGAUGGACACACGGACUGCCAAACUCCGCUGCGGCCAGACACCAACGACACGCUUUUCAAGCAUAUGCUGAAUGUGUCAUGGGAGCACACAGACUUCUCAUUCAACAGCGACGGGUAUCUGGUCAACCCAUCUAUGAUUAUCAUCACACUGGACCGAGAGAGGCAAUGGGACAAGGUGGGAAGUUAUGAGUCGGGUAUUCUACAGAUGCGCUACCCGGUCUGGCCACGAUAUGGAACAUACAUGGAGCCGGUGUCUGACAACCGUCAUCUGACAGUGGCCACACUUGAAGAGAGACCAUUUGUGAUCGUAGAGGCUGUGGACCCCAUCACUGGCACCUGCCUCAGCAACACUGUGCCCUGUAGACGCCAGUCAAACAAAACUGAGACGAUCAUUGGACAUACAGAACCAUACACCAAACUGUGCUGUAAAGGUUUUUGUAUUGACAUCCUGAAGAAACUCUCCCGCAACAUCAAGUUCUCCUAUGACCUCUACCUUGUCACCAAUGGCAAACACGGCAAGCUUGUCCGAGGAGUAUGGAACGGCAUGAUUGGAGAGGUGGUCUACAAGAGAGCAGACAUGGCCAUUGGUUCUCUUACUAUAAACGAGGAGCGCUCUGAGAUCAUUGACUUUUCUGUGCCGUUUGUGGAAACAGGGAUUAGCGUAAUGGUGGCCAGAAGCAAUGGAACAGUCUCCCCCUCUGCCUUUUUGGAGCCCUACAGUCCUGCUGUGUGGGUGAUGAUGUUUGUGAUGUGUCUGACCGUGGUGGCAGUGACCGUGUUCGUAUUUGAGUACUUCAGUCCUGUAGGGUACAAUCGCAGCCUGGUCAGUGCCAAAGAUCCUGGUGGGCCAACCUUCACCAUUGGGAAGUCAGUGUGGCUGCUGUGGGGGAUUGUCUUCAACAAUUCCGUCCCCAUUGAGAACCCAAAGGGCACCACCAGUAAAAUCAUGGUACUGGUGUGGGCUUUCUUUGCUGUCAUCUUCCUGGCCAGCUACACAGCUAACCUGGCAGCAUUCAUGAUCCAGGAGCAAUACAUUGACACAGUUUCUGGACUAAGCGACAAAAAGUUCCAGAAGCCACAGGAGCAGUAUCCACCAUUUAGGUUUGGUACAGUGCCUAAUGGCAGCACGGAGCGAAAUAUAAGGAGCAACUACCCUGAGAUGCAUUCACACAUGGUGAAAUAUAACCAGAAAGGUGUGGAGGACGCCCUUAACAGCCUCAAAACAGGAAAGCUUGAUGCCUUCAUCUACGAUGCAGCUGUGCUGAACUACAUGGCUGGUAAAGACGAGGGCUGUAAGUUGGUGACCAUCGGCAGUGGCAAGGUUUUUGCUACGACGGGCUACGGCAUUGCCUUACAGAAGGGCUCACGCUGGAAACGUCCAAUUGAUCUUGCUCUUCUUCAGUUCCUUGCAGAUGGCGACACUGCAAAGCUGCAGACAGUGUGGCUAACAGGGAUUUGCCGCAAUGAGAAGAAAGAAGUGAUGAGCUCCAAGCUGGACAUUGACAACAUGGCAGGAGUGUUCUACAUGCUGCUAGUGGCCAUGGGCCUUAGCCUGUUGGUCUUCGCUUGGGAGCACCUGCUCUACUGGAAGUUACGCCACUCUGUACACAAGUCUGAACGCCUGGACUUCUUACUGGCCAUCAGCAGAGGCAUCUACAGCUGCUUCAAUGGCGUGGAAGAUACAGACCACAAUGGAAAUAUGCAGAGUCCAGAUGUCACCACCAAUUACACCCAGGCCAACAUGCUAAAGAUGCUUAAGACAGCCAAGGACAUUGUGUCCUCUGCCAGAGUGGAGAACUCCUUAGACAAUGCUACUAAGACCAUUGAGAAUUUGAGUCGCCGAGGUCCAGAUGCUACUAAACCUUGCCUUCCAACCCGCUUGAUAAGCACAGAUUCUAGUCAUGGCCGUUUGCCCUACAUCUCCAGUGUCACAGACAACCAUGCACCGUACCCUUACACUCCCACAUUCCCCUUGCAUUAUGGAGACAGCGGCACCCAGCCUUUGCUCGAGAAGCCUCGGGUUGUGACAAGGCCUACCCCUCUACGCUACACUCUACCUGCCCGGACCAGUCACCAUCAUAUAUACGAACGGACACUUCCUAUUUCUAGUCUAAGCAGUCCUCAUAUCGCUAUGAGGGACCCACCACCCCCCACAGCGCCAAAACCCCACCACAGCGGCAGGCUUUACAUGGACAGUCAGGCCUGUCAUCAAACAACCUCCCCCUUCCUUCCUUACCGUGAGUUCCACGUCCCUGACAUCUAUGUUGAACACCAGGAACCUUCUGAGAGCCGGAAACUGUAUGCUGAAGGUCUGGGUCGCAAAAAGAGGUCCCACAGCUAUGUGGCUCCAUCACCGGAAACUCGCCGCAGGAACGACUAUGAUGAACCGACGUCCUGCCUGGCUGAACUUAGAGCCAAUCACCUCCUGGAUAACCAUGCCCAUACCACACCUUGCAUGGGAAGCCACUACCAGAGGCCCAGUGGCAGCUGCAACUCCUGCAUGAAACCAUACCUGGAGCCAGAAAUGGAUGAUGUUCCUUUGCUGGGAAAAGAGAAGCUGAACCGUCGUGCCUCUUUCCUUAGGGCCACAUGGGGCGGUGACAGAAUCCGGCACCUAGAUGAAAAACCUUCAACUUCUGCCUCCUCCUCCAGUCGCGUCAACAUGCCUGACUUGUUCCCUCGUGUAGUGGUAGCUAAUCCCAAACCCUCAAAGAUGUAUUCUAGUGCUGGUAACAACCUCUGCUACAACAUGGCAGUUGAGCCAGCCUAUCUGGACCCAGCCCAUAUGGGCUCCUACCCGUACAAGCCUCAGAAGCUCAAAUACUCUCAGUCUACCCGCCUCCCUUCAUACCGGGAGGCAAUUCUGCAGAAUGCAGCUGCCCUGCGACGAUCUUCUUCCACAGUAGUGCACAGACAUUACUCCACCUACCUGAACUCAUAUACUGACCUACCAGUAUAUGUGGGUCCACUGGCGCAAGGACCUGCACACUUCUAUGAUCACUCCAAAGACAUGUGCCACCUGUUCCCUUGCGUCAACCACUGCCCGGAUGAUGCCGCCCUGCUACCCCGGUUAGGUGGCAGGCCUGUAAUGUACCAAAACACUGCUUUUGGAGGCUACGAGGGUGCUGGACGCUCACGCGAUGAGCCACCAUUGCAGCCACUGCACACUUUACCAGCUUCCUCUGGGAACAGGGACCGCAGGCAGGUUUUGGUGGCGCGAAGGGUGAAUAGUCCCUAUGUGCCAAAGCCCUGGGGCAGAGUGUCUAGCCUGGAGUCUGAGGUCUGAAGCCCUUCAUAUGGGUGUCUCGAGGCUCAGAGACUUGUCUCCCUAUGAACUUAGAGGCAGAGAUGCCUGGAACAGCCAAGCAGCCUUUGAAUCUUGCAAAAAUCUAAGCUGUGCUGAAGGUGGACUAGAAGUGAUAUUCUCAGUGCAAUAAUAUUUAGGGCAGCAGGGAUGGGAGAGAGGGCAUGACCAUGUGACUACUGCUGGGACAUCAGUAUACUUUAAAUGCUAAAGAAGUAAACACAAUAUUGAAUCAUUCUUAAUAUAUUAAAAUUGAGCUUAUCAAUUAUUUAAACAAGUUUUUAAAUGUCAUUACAUGAAUAGAGUCAGUCAUUCUCUACAGACAGACAGAUGGAUAGACAGACAACGUGCAAGGCAGCUUUAGACCACAAGGUUUAAAUUUAUCUUCAUGGAGCUUUUGUUCAUGGCCAAUCCACAUUCCACAAUUUUGAAGUCAGAACUACAAAGCACUGCAGAAUUUUAUAAAUCAACCACUCAAAAAUGUCUUCCAAAUUUUUUUAAGUCCAGGGUUUUAAGAGGGAUGUCUGUUUGAGGCUUUUUACUUGCUCCAAUGAUGUAACAUGGAUUUUAAGACUGCUGAACUUCCACUGAUUCCGUCGUCUGUAUUUCCACAAUUAUUUCGCUGUUUAAUAAACAAAUCGGUGGCUUCAAGAGCCUUUUGGAA